AUGCAUGCACGCAAACAAACACACACAUAUACACACACAUGCAUCCACACAAACAAACACACACAUGCGCACAGAAUCACGAAAGUCCUCGGCAUGGACUGCGAGAUGGUGGGCGUCGGGCGACACGGUGCGGACAGCAUCCUCGCGCGAGUGUCCCUCGUCAAUCAAUACGGCCAGUGCAUUUACGACAAGUUCGUCAAACCAACAGAAAGGGUAACGGAUUACAGGACCAAUGUCAGCGGUGUCAGGCCCUGCCAUCUCGAAAAGGGUAGUGACUUUAAGCAGGUGCAAAGAGAGGUGUAUGACUUAAUAAAGGAUAAGAUACUUGUUGGCCACGCCAUUGAACACGAUCUGAAGGUGCUAUUCUUGGACCACCCCAGAAAGAUGAUCAGAGACACUUCAAGGUUCAAACCUUUUAGGGCCGUCACUGGAGGGGGUUAG